CCGGACAGUAAAAUAGAUAGCUCCGGUGGGCAUUUGUUUUUGUUUUCUCUCUCGAGUCUCGACAACUGAGAAGCAACGGAACACCGGUGAAUCCCGGAAAGAAGGUGAAUCAAAAAAGCAGGCUGAUAGGUUUAUAUAGCAAUGUCUGGUAACAACAACAAUCCACAAAAGCCUCAAGGCUCUGCGCCUUUGCCUUUUGGGAAUCCUGGGAUGGCCUCUGCAUCUGUUCCUGGAAACCAAGGUUUUGCUCAGUCUCAUAUGGCAGCUAACUUUCAAGCUCAGUUUCAGUUCUCUCAAGCUCAGGCCCUAGCCCAUGCUCAAGCACAGUCUAAAGUUCAAGCACAACUGCAAGCUCAGUUACAAGCUCAAGGCAUGACGAUGAACCAAGCACAAGGUUCUCCGGGGAUUGGUGGCUUGGGUCCUUCUUCUCCUUCUUUGACGACUCCUGGAAGUUUAAACAUGAAGAGAUUCCAGCAGAAACCGCCGAUGCGACCUCCUGGUGCUCCUGCGAGUAACAACACUAUCUCCCCAAUGAGAACAAUGGAGUUAACUCCUGCUGCUCGGAAAAAGAAACAAAAGCUUCCAGAAAAGUCAUUGCAGGAGCGGGUGGCUGCAAUCUUGCCAGAGUCUGCCUUAUACACACAACUUCUGGAGUUUGAGUCUCGGGUUGAUGCUGCGUUAACUAGAAAGAAAGUUGACAUCCAGGAAGCCCUUAAAAACCCUCCCUGCAUACAGAAGACUCUUAGGAUCUACGUUUUCAACUCGUUUGCUAACCAAAACAACACGAUCCCUGGGAAUCCUAAUGCUGACCCGCCAACAUGGACUCUUAAAAUUAUUGGUAGGAUACUGGAAGAUGGGGUGGAUCCCGACCAGCCAGGGUUUGUUCAGAAAGCAAACCCAUUGCAUCCCAAAUUCUCGUCUUUCUUCAAAAGGGUUACAGUUUCCCUGGAUCAGAGGCUGUAUCCUGAGAACCCAUUGAUCAUAUGGGAGAAUGCUCGAUCACCUGCUCCUCAGGAAGGCUUUGAGAUAAAGAGGAAAGGGAAUCAGGAGUUUGCUGCUAGUAUACGGUUGGAGAUGAACUACGUCCCUGAAAAGUUCAAGCUUUCUACUGCAUUGAUGGAUGUUCUCGGGAUUGAGGUUGAAACCCGCCCAAGAAUCAUCGCUGCAAUUUGGCAUUACGUUAAGGCGAGGAAACUGCAGAACCCAAAUGACCCCUCUUUCUUCAACUGUGAUGCUGCACUUCAGAAAGUUUUUGGAGAAGAAAAGUUGAAAUUCACUAUGGUCUCUCAGAAAAUAUCUCAUCACUUGUCGCCUCCACCACCUAUUCACUUAGAACACAAAAUCAAGCUCUCAGGAAAUAAUCCGGCCGUAUCAGCAUGUUACGAUGUGCUAGUGGAUGUACCCUUCCCGAUCCAAAGAGAUCUGAACAAUUUGCUAGCCAACGCAGAGAAGAACAAAGAGAUUGAGGCUUGUGAUGAAGCAAUAUGUGCAGCCAUAAGGAAAAUCCAUGAGCAUAGGAGGAGGCGGGCAUUUUUCUUGGGGUUCAGCCAAUCGCCAGUUGAAUUCAUAAACGCCCUGAUCGAAUCUCAGAGCAAGGAUCUAAAGGUCGUUGCGGGAGAAGCCAGUCGAAAUGCUGAGAGAGAACGUCGAUCAGACUUCUUCAACCAACCUUGGGUCGAAGAUGCAGUUAUACGUUACUUGAACCGGAGGCCAGCAGCUGGGAACGAUGGGCCAGGGAGUUGGUGAGUUUCUUGACGAUACAAGUCUCUUCAUCUGUUUGAGCAUUUUUAGUAGAAGAUAUUGUUGAGAUUAGUCUGGUUUAAAAGUGAACUAGUGUAUCUGUAAUCUUGUGUAUGUUGAAACAUUACUACUUUAUAUAAUUAGCUUUGUUUUGUAGCCUUUGCGUUAAUGGUUAAGUCAUGUUUUUAUUAGCAAAAGGAAAAUAACAUUGGCAUUAUUAAA